UAGCGGAAAAAACGCUAUUAAGAAUAUUAUUUUACUUUUAGUCAGGCCCGCUGGCACUACAAUAUGUCGGUGUUAUUUCAAGGAAAACUUAUUGAAAACUUAAGCUUUGGCCAUCUGCUGCAGAUAGGUGGCAGGGCGAAAAAUAAGGAUUCAUGGUUGAGCAUUUCCUUGGCCCUGGGUGGAUGUGGUGAAGUGGAAAUGUUUGAUAUACCAUUCCACAUGCUGAUCGAUAUUGCCAAUGAAAAAAUCGAAUUUAAACAAUUGCUAAAUGGCCAAUGGUUGGAGGUGGACAGUGAGGAAUUUGAAACGGAGAAAUUUCGUCAACAUUUUAGCGUUACUAUAGCUGUGGAUGAGAAGAAAUUUUAUGUCGCCAUCAAUGGCAAGUCAUUGACAUUUGUGCGCUACACCGGGCCCCAUAUGAAAUUAGCUUACCUGAUGAUCGAUGGAAAUUUGAUAACUCUGAAUCAAGUGGAUCAUCGGAAAUACUUUGCCCUAACAUGGCCGCCGGCCCAGAUAUGCCAAGAGAAGGAUGGCCUGGAUUUUACUCACGACAUACCAUGUCCACUCCAGCCGGGCAACAUAAUGUUGCUGACCAUGAAAUUGCUGGGUAAAGCAGAUGGUUGGCUAAGAAUUAAUUUCCACAAUGCCACGAACUCGAAACGCAUUGAGGUUCACAUAAAUUUGAGAUUUAAUUUGAGGCAAAUCAUAAGAAAUUCCAAAUUACCCAAAAAGAAUCCUGAUGUGGUGGAAUGGGGCGAUGAAGAAACCAAGGGAGAUUUCCCCUUUGACGACAUAUCCAAACCUUUCAAAUUGGCCUUGGGUUUUACCAAGAAAUCCGUGAAAAUGGCCAAAGAUGGCAUCUUCUUAUUCAAAUAUGGCUAUCGCACAGCCCAUGUCCUGCCCAGGCUAACGGGCCCAAAAAUCACAGGACAAUAUGGAAUGAUUGCCCGUGUCUUAGGCGUAGAGCAUUUGUUAUCCGAUAAUCCCAAAUGUAAGGGUUUUGAACAAUAUUCAGAUUCGUCAUAAUAAUUGUAAAUAUAAAUGUUUAGAAAAUAAUGUUUUGUUUUUAAUUUUGAAAAAAAAAAA